UCCUCGCAUUACUUGUUUCAAUAGCUAUUCGCAUUGCCUCUGUGAAUACUUCUCAGACCGUUGUUUUCGCGAAUGCCGUCAUCGAGAUCCGCAGGGCCAUCGUCCCCGAGCCCUGCAGCGGCCUCCCCUGCUCCAAUAGUGGCGACCACGUCCCUGCACGCAAGCACUGCAGCGGGUGCACCCAUCCCAUCAUCGUCAUCGUCGUCGUCGUCGUCGUCGUCCGCUCCAUUGGGCAGGACGUCGCGAUCGCGCCCUGCCGCAGCAGCUGUCACUCCGCGCUCGCACGUCGCCGGCUCUGGCUCUGGCUCUGGCUCUGGCUCUGGCUCUGGCUCUGGCUCUGCUGCUGCUGCUGCUGGUGGUGGUGGUGGUGGAUCUGGGUCUGGAUUGGUCUCUGGCGCUGGGUCGUCGAUGCUGCGACUGGCGCCCGUCGGUGUCGCUGGUCAUCUGCCAUACACGCUCCGCUUUGAUCUCUUCUCAAUGCACUCGCGCCCAGCAUCGCGCAUUCUGCUCGUCGUCGGAGUUUUGUUCCACAUUGUCUACUUGUGGUCCAUCUUCCACGUCUACUUUACAUCGCCGCUCGUGCCGGGCGUUGCUCAAGUGCAGACCCUGCCAUGCUACGUUUCGCAGCAGCUUCUGCACGCGCAAGACCGGCCAGCGCCGACAAACGUGCUGCCAAUCCGACCAGCCAAGCGGUUGCUUUUCAUUGUCGCGGACGGACUGAAGGCGAGCACGCUGUUUGAUCGCCGCCAGCCACCUCACCGAGAUCGAGCACCGUUUUUACACAGUGUCAUUGAACACGAGGGUCGGUGGGGUGUUUCACACACACGCGUGCCGACGGAAUCCCGCCCAGGCCUUGUCGCCCUGAUUGCCGGGUUUUACGAGGAUGCGAGCGCCGUCACACAACGAUGGAAGGAAAGUCCAGUCGAGUUUGACUCGGUCUUCAACCAAUCGUCGCAUACGUGGGCCUGGGGCGCACCAGACAUUGCCUCGAUGUUUGCCAAGCAACCAGGCAGAACAACGCCACCCCAUGUCCACACCUUCACUCACGAUUCCCAGCUGGAAGAUGGCAUUUCUGAUUACCUUGACCGAUGGGUGCUGGAUCGCUUUCGCUUUGCCCUGACGCACGCUUCCAAACAGCCGCAAUCCCUACCCGCCGCUGGAUCCACACUCAAUCCGCUCAGCGCAAAGGAGUACGCUGCCCAACUCGGAGAUCCCGAUGCGCUCGAUGCGUCAUUGAGAGAGGAAGGCAUCGUCUUGUUUCUGCAUUUGAUGGGCAUUGACAUUGCUGGACACACCCAUCGGCCCGACUCGCAAGAGUACAUGAACAGCUUGAGGGCUGUUGACGAGAUUGUGCACGAAGCCACUCGGCUCGUGGACGACUUUUAUGGCGACAACGCGACAGCUUUCAUUUUCUCGUCGGAUCACGGCAUGACAUCGCGCGGCUCGCAUGGCGACGGUCAUCCGGACGAGACCCAGACCCCGCUGGUUUGCUGGGGCUCGGGUAUUGCUCGCCCAAGACCAGUCAAUCACCACGCCACUCUUGCAGAAGAUCCAUCGGGGUGGCAGCUGGCGCAUUUGGAGCGCGUCGACGUCAACCAAGCCGACAUUGCGCCGCUCAUGUCGCACCUCGUGGGAGUACCAUUUCCACGGCACUCGGUGGGCGUACUGCCUGUCGCGUUGCUAGCGCCAGACUGGCCUGGUCCUGGGUGCGCAAUGUACUCGCUGCUGACGAACGCGCGCCAAAUUCACGCGCAGUACCAUGCAAAGGCCAAGGUGCGCGCAUCCGUGGAGCCGUUCUACCGCCCGUUUGGUCCUCUUACUGAUGCAGGGCGCGUCAUCUCACAGCUGGUAUCUCGUGCCGAACGGCACCUUCGCGAGGAGAAGUUUGCUGACGCCGAGGCCGUUUGCCUUGAAAUCAUUUCCUUGUGUCUGCGCGGGCUGCAUUACUUGCAGCGUUACGACAGACUAUUUCUCUGCACCGCCAUUACGCUCGGAUACACUGGUUGGAUGCUUUGCGUCCUCAUGUUCAUUCUGCGUCAUUUUACCAACAUUACCGUGUACCACCUGCACACCGAGUUUCUUCUCCACCAGGCCACCUCGCACGAGAUUGGCUCGGACGUCUGGGUCAAUGCCGUCACAGUCGCUGUUGGCGUUCUUCUGGAGAUCUUCCUCGUCAGCUCUGGGGCGCCCAUGUCGUAUCAUCUGUACAUUUUCUUCCCGCUACUGUUCUGGAACCACGUGCUCCGGCGUCGCUUCAUUCUCUACGAUCUUGUCUCUUAUCUACGCUCCAAGCGGUUUGUUUUUGCCGCUAUUGCUCAAGUGGCGUGGUACUUGAUUUCCAUUGAAGUGAUGACUCUCUGUUUUUACCAUCGCGAGGUCCUAUCGGCAGGCUUCCUGUUGAUUGGCAUUUGGCCAUUCUCAACGCGAUUGUGGCGCACAGACAAGGCCACGCUUUUGAGCUGGCUGCUUGGAUGUAUUCUGACGAGUAUCUUCCCCUUGCUACCUGUCGACUAUCCCGAAAAUUCGCGCCUCGUAGUGCUGGCUGGUAUUUUGGUCAUGAUCUGCACGGCUUUUGCCAUCACGCGACCAUACUUUCAUCCGACGCUUCGCGUCACGGAGGCGAUCGAGGAAGCCAGGCGCUCCAAGUCCAAGUCCUAUCUCCUCACUGCGGUUCAGCUGGCAACGCUCGCAUUGACGCUGGUUGUCGUGGUAGACACGUCAAACAGCCUGCGGAACAACCAGGGACUGUCAAUGAUGAAUGCGGCCGUCAGCUGGGCAAUCCUGGUCUGUUCGCUGAUUGCACCACACUUUGCCUCGUCGUACUAUCUCAGUCGACUCAUGGCCAUUGCGAUUGCCUUUGCCAGUCCUUACUUUUUGAUGAGCACUUCGUAUGAGGGUCUGUUCUACUUUUGCCUCACAGGAUGUGCCUAUUUUUGGUUUUUGAUUGAGCACAAACUCUCACCAUCGCGCGAUCCGAACAUCGAGCACAUUGCCAUUCGUGCGGUGCAGCAGCAACAACAGCAACAACAGCAAGAGCAAUUACAUCAGCCAUCCACGCAGGGGAUGCUGGCCGUCAAGGCAGCUUCGCAACAGUCCUUUGCUUGGUGGCAACGACUGCUGGGUUUGGCCGACCUGGCGGACGUCGAGCAAAACUUUAUGCGCAACCUCGUCACGAACGACAUUCGUUGCGCGUACUUUUACUUAUUCUUCCUCCUCGCCGCAUUCUUCGGAACCGGCAACAUUGCCAGUUUCAGCAGUUUUGAUCCAAUCAGCACACAUCGGUUUGUGACCGUGUCUGCUGCACCGGUGAGCAUGUUCUUGCUCCUGAUUUGCAAAGUCCUCAUUCCGUUCGUCAUGGUGAGCUGCGUUUUUCAAGCGGUCAACCAGACGCUGCACGUCCCAACCGCUAGUAUCUUCUUGAUGGUCAUUCUGAUGACGGACGGCAUGGCGCUCCAGUUCUUCUUCCUGGUGCGAGACCAGGGCAGCUGGCGCGAGAUUGGAACGAGCAUUAGCCAUUUUCUGCUUCUCAGCGCAUUCAUUGUAUUCUUACUGCUGCUCUAUGCCGUUUCAAAGCUUCUCACGGGCACGCUUGACAUUCACGCCCGCAAGAAGCUUCGACAGGUCCACCAUCACUCUCAGUAAAGGCCUGGGGGUGGAUUUUCUGAUUGUUCAUACUGUAGUUAUUGUAUUUUUUUGUUUUCAUCGUUUCAUUAAACCAGUCA